UGGCCGAUCGUUGACUCGCACGAGGGCUGCCGCCGCCAUCACCGAACGCCAAACUCCCCAGGUCAGUGUGUACGGCCAAACCUUGACCUUGUAACUGGUAUCCGAGUGGGUACACGCACGCGUCCUAGCGCCCCGCAUAUGCAGCGCCAGCGUGUGUAUCACCUCUCGGGUGACAGUGCAUUAAACCCAGUCCAACUUGUCCUUUUAGGGGUCUUUGAACCAGAUUUUUUUGGUCAAAGUGUAACCUUCUGCUCCUCACCAUCGCCUCUCUUACGUGCGCAGAGGAGAGAUUUAUCUCUUUCUCGUUCAUCAACUUUCGAUCAUCACCAUCUCCAUCGCCAUCAUCUAGUCGCCACCAUAACCGGUCAGCACCACCAUACAUCAUUGCACACAGUUGAGUCCCGCAGAGCCAUCUCGCACCGAGCUCCGUUCGCUGCUCCCGCAUCGUUGCGUGUUCCCGGCUCACGAGGACCGCCGCUGACCACCAUCUCCGACGAGAAUCUUUUCUCGGUUGUGCAGAUUCCGACGACUCCUCUUUCUUCUCGGCGAGUUCUGCCAUCACACCGUCGAGCAAGGAUGAGACUUCCAGCAGGCCCACUGCCUGUCGCCGGACCACUGUUCUUAGCCUUCGGGUCCCGUCGACCUCAACCACCCCGUGCACGUCCUUUGAGUUCCAGCUAUUCCUGGCAUGAGUCUCGUCGCCGUUCCAGUCCCUUUUCGGUGAGCCUCCCACCGCAGCGAGCUGCUGCUCCUCCCCACGCGCCGCCGCGACCAGACCACCUCCGGAAGCCUUACUCCCCAGCAUGCAGUCCCGAGCCGCUGCACCUCCUCUCCCAGCGAGACGCGUGUAAGCGUCGAGCCACGCCGUCCUCUUCCGUUCGGCCCCAAUUUGGUCCCGUUUCUCGAUGUAAUUCGACUAAGUAUAAUUCUCGUUACCUGUGUAAGAGUCGAGAUAGUUACUUAUGGGACUGUCUUGACUUAUGUAGGUGUCUGACGAGCAGUGUCUCAACCACCUACGACUUCUGGUUAAUUUGUUUUAUCAACCGAUUCCAGGUGGGUUCUAAUCUAAACUU